AUUCUGUUAUACAAUAUAAAGUGAUCUGCUCAGAGCAUCAAAAUUAAACCCGGCUCGCACUUUACUCGUGGCAGACGUGUUGUGUCAGUGAUACCGUCCAUAAGUUUAUAAUUUGUUAAAAUGGCACCGCAAAUUAAAUACACUAAGUUGUUCAUCGACAAUGAGUGGGUGGACGCAAAGAGUGGCAAGACCUUUGACACAUACAGUCCUCAUGAUGGAUCCGUCAUCGCCAAAGUGGCUGAAGGUGACAAGGCGGAUAUCGACUUAGCUGUCGCUGCAGCAAAGCGUGCUUUCCACCGUAACUCCCCAUGGCGGCAACUAGACGCCUCACAACGCGGUGAAAUCAUUCGCAAGUUCUCUGACCUCGUCGUCAGAGAUAUAGACUAUCUCACAGAGUUAGAAUCCUAUAACAAUGGGAUGGUACUCAACAACGCAAAAGUGUUUGUAGGAAGUGCUGUUAACGUUAUUCGGUCUGCAGCCUCGUGUGCAGAUAAGGUACAUGGAGAUACCAUUCCUGCAGAUGGCGAGGUGUUCACAUAUACAACAAGGCACCCUAUUGGUGUGUGUGGUAUCAUCCUCCCCUGGAACGGUCCCAUUUACCUAUUCGCUAACAAAGUUUGCACAGCAUUAGCAGCAGGAUGUACCGUGGUUGUCAAGCCAGCAGAGCAGACUCCGUUAACCGCGUUGGUGUUGGCGGCGCUACUGAAAGAAGCCGGUGUACCCAAGGGCGUCGUCAAUGUCGUCAAUGGCUUUGGCCCUGGUGCCGGAACAGCUCUCACUCAUCACAGCGAUGUCGCCAAGAUUUCUUUCACGGGAUCAGUUGAGGUUGGCAAAUUGAUCCAACAAGCUGCUGGAGUAAAUAAUUUAAAGAGGGUCACAUUGGAGCUCGGUGGCAAGAGUCCUCUGGUUAUCAUGAACGAUGCUGAUUUGAAUCUGGCGGUACCUUUUGCUGCUAAUGGAGUAUUCUUCCAUCAAGGACAAGUGUGCGUCGCAGCUUCUCGCUUAUACGUUCAAUCUGGAAUUUACAACAAAUUCUUGGAAGAAGCUGUAAAAUACGCAAAGACUAUCAAGGUUGGAAAUCCAAGAGAUCCCGCUACCCAAAACGGUCCACAGAUUGACAACGAAAUGAUGACAAAAGUACUUGGCUACAUCGAAAAGGGCAAAAAAGAAGGCGCAAAGUUGUUAUGCGGUGGUAACAGAAUCGGCACAACUGGUUACUAUAUCCAACCCACAAUUUUCGCUGACGUCACAGAUGAUAUGACUAUCGCAAAGGAAGAGAUUUUCGGCCCAGUACAAAGUAUUCUGAAGUUUGACACCCUGGAGGAAGUUAUAGACAGAUCCAACAACACAAACUACGGUUUGGCAGCUGGAAUCUUCACGACCAGUCUUAACACCGCCUUACAAUACUCCAAGCACGUCGAGGCUGGCACAGUUUGGGUCAACACAUACCUACACUUCACUCCUCAGACACCGUUCGGAGGUUUCAAAGAGUCUGGAGUUGGACGUGAAAAUGGCCUAGACUCUGUGCUAUCUUACACCGAAGUGAAGACUGUAUGUUUUUCAUUGCCCAAGAAGGUUUGAAGAUAUUUACAUUAAAAAUGUACUGUUGUCGACGAAGGUACCUGUGCGUGAAGAAAACGUUAUUAACCAAAAAUAUAUUGUUUUUAAUUCUACUUAUUAUUCUUUAAGUAAAUGAUUAUUAUAAUAA